CGCUGCAUCAUUAUCUCUUAUGUGAGUUAAAUACUUAAUACAAUAAUUCUUGCCAUUGCUGCUCCACUCCUGUGAAAUGUCACAUCCACGACCUAUGAUUAAUUCACAACGUCAACACAGUAUUUGUUUUUGUGUAUGUUUUGAUUAUUUUUGGUGAUUUGAAAAGAUGGAAAGCGACAUUGUCAAGGACGCGGCUGUCUCGUGCACGGGCGGUGAUUGUGAUAAUAUUGACGAAGGACGGCAUGAUAUUGAAGUUACAGAGUCCCUCAACGAACAAAAUUUCAGUAGUAAGGCGGACCCCUCGACGACGUCGGAGCAAGAUGUGUCCGAACAUUAUGAGUUUCGAUUUUUAAUUGAUGAGUAAAAGGCCUUGAUCAUGUCCAAGUCGCUUCUUAUUUCUGAGUAAUUGCACUUAGCUUGUUCUCUCAUCAGCAACAGUCCUCCUCUAAAAAGCACAAGAAGAGCCUGAAAAUAAGACCAGUGCAGCACCACGCGCAGACGAAGAGAAAGCCUCAUUCUCCGAAGGUGGUUCCCCAGUAAGAAGGAGAGACGAGCCUGUGUCUCUCCCGGUCGCGGCCCAACUGAAAGCGCCGCUUUCAGCAAGCUCACAGGAGCUAACUGAGCGAGUCAAACUUAAAACAGUACAUAAAGAUGCUAAUUCAUCUUCCAAUUUCCUUGUUUUAUUCCCUUCAAGCAAAAUACUGGAGUUGCUCUUCCGAAGAUGAUGAAAAAACAAGAACAAUGUUACCGAAAAUUUUUCUGAACAUUUAUAAUAGAUAAUAUCUAUCUAUCUAUCUAUCUAUCUAUCAUUCCGUACUCACUGACAGACGAGUGAAGCUGCAGCAACGCAGAGUAAAGUUGCGCCGGUAACCGAUUUCCCUCAAGUAGACGAGAGCCACCCGAUCAGAGAUGUGUGCGAACAUUAUGUGAGAGUUUCGAUUUUUCACACUAAAAGGCCAUGUCCAAUGAAGUAGGAUCGUCCGUUUCAAUAGGAGAGUAUUUAUUUUUACAUUAUGUGAGAAUAAAAUAGAACUACACGACUGACUUCAUGCAAUUUGAUCUUUUUUUUUAUAUUGAGAUCAGGGAAGUGGGCAUAGAACAGAAUUACCCCUGUUCCCUCUAAGAAGCACAAGAGGAGCUCGAAAAUUUUUCCGGUAUAUCUUCCUCUCCAUCAAGUAUAGCUUCCUCACCUCCGGUACAUGCGUUAUGGUCGGCUGUUAUUCAUCUCGCUCAGCAUCUUGGUUCUUUUUCCCGUAAAGUGCAAUGGAAAGAGGGUCGAGAUGGGAUGGCCGAGAUGAAUAAGAGCACUCUUCAAAUCUGGCCUGCUGUAUUUCUCCACUAAGGAGGGUGAGCGAGAUUGUGCUUCGUUCGGUAGGAGCUGAACUGAGAGAGCCCCUUCCAGCAAGUUCACAGAAGCAAGACCAGACUCUUACCCGCCGAAUCAAAAAUAUUGAAAAAGUACAUCAUCAACUACUCCUCACUUUUACAGAUUUAAUAGACUCCAUUAUAGUUUGAUGAUACCUACGAGAACUCCUGAUGAUGUUAGUCGGUUCGGAUUGGACCUACGACUUCCCUGAAUCUUCUUUGAGUUCUACGAAUUUCUCUGAUGUUGAAGUUGUGAGGGCGCCCCACGGUAGACGUAGAUUAGGAGUUCUCGUACGCAUAGAAUAUAAUUGGUUUUACUCGAGCAUGAUCCGUGAUUUGAAUGACACUAAAAAUACUCUACAGGAGGAGAAAAACGACGGCAAUUACGGUGCGGCGGGAUCGUCAUCCACCAGAUCAUCUUCGUCCUCCGGAUCUUCAUUUUUAUGUCCUCUCGUAGCGCGAUACUUUUUGAGCGUGUGUCAAAGAAAGUCUCUGCAAUGAGUAUUUUUUAGCGUACUUCCCUGUAACCUUGUUCUGCAUGUUUGUUGUGCUCUUCUGGGUCUCUCUUAUAGCUAUAGGUAAUGCAUCCUUUUUUCUUGAUGGUGCAUUCCCAUUCCCCGUCCAGAAAGAGAAAGAAUGCAAACGCGUAGAUGCUGAUGAGGAUUUAUUUACAGAAUUUGUAAUACAAAUGAUCUUCCUGUGAUAGGUGUACUAGUAUGCUGGAAUGCGCAACGUCAGCAGGUUGUAUAAUCGCACCUCUAGUUUUUUAUCGCGCCUCUAGGUUUCGUAGACUAAUGCUGCGCUCUUUCGCACUGUUCUACCUGCUUCAGAGCUGAUUUGCAAAUUUAACAGUUCUAAUGCUCGAUGCUUCAUCGGGAGACGGAUCCUCCAAUUUUUCUUUAUAAAUAUCGACUUUUAGAAUCGAUAUGAUUUUUGUCUUUCAAGACGCAAGAAAGUUUUCUCUUAUUCUUUUCGGUAGUGUAAAGCAUGCAAGUAAAAAUAUGCGGUCGUUUGGAAUUUUUGAGCAGUACCUUCUGACUUUCAUCAGAGCAAACCAACGGCUUUGUGGAUGGCGUCAUUCUCAACAGACACACAGCUUGUUGAAUGGGGUUUAGAAGGCCUCAAACUCAAUCUCUAACGUAUGAAAAAACGGGAGAGCCAUAUGUUAAUCCUUGCAGGAGUGCUGGGUCCCUAGCCCUAGGUGUGGCCUUCCUCGUGGGAGCCUUGCUCGUGUCCGUCGGAUGGUCGCAAUGGGAUGCGCCAGAACCGAGAAUAGCUAGGGAAAAUCAAAACUUUUUAUACAAUUAGUUUGCCCCUAGCAGGCACUCGACCGGAUAAAUUCGCCCACUGUAAUUGAAACCUCCAUUUAUUUGGCUCGCCGGUAGUUUAUAGCUAAGCUAUAGGGUGAAUUACAAGUAGAGACGUGAAGAUGACAAGUAGGAUGGGCAUGAUAGAAGAUGACAGACGCGAUCGAGGAAAUAAGAGGAAGAGCCCUUUUUUGAAUAAAGUGAUGAUCCACCCAAUCCUGAACAACGUCAGGCACACAUAUAAAGUUAGAGGACAUUCUAACAAAACCUCGAGGAGAAAAGUGAACGGUGCAAAAGAGUGGAAGCAGGGGAUGCGGGGGAUGCGGGGUGACGAACUAGAAGACCCGUUAGCUGAGCCACAUCCGGCGCCAUCGUCGUUAUGUUGGGAGUACGAGCACCAGUUCUCAUAGUUAAUUCCCAGUGGUAUUGAAGUAAGAAGAUGUCUUGGACGUACUAGUACACUUCUUGCUUUUAGUACUCAGUUUCGUAACGAUGAAGCAUUAUACUUAUUUCAUGAUGCACACUUUAAGAAUCGAGCCAAGUCUUAAUACAUUUACUCUUAGCAAAGAGAUGCCACCUCGUCAGGUGCUGGCUUAAGAGGAGGCUGCUUCCUCUCGUCUAUUAAAGUAAACACUUGAACAUCCUACCCCUUUUCUCCCUUUGUUGGACUCACCCCCAAACUGGGUAGACUACUAGCUACUGCCGGCACUGAAGUCGCAGGGUAAUCGCUAAUAUCAUCGUACACGGAGCGGCAAUCAGCAGAAAAUAACGUCAAGAACAGUAACUACUUGCUCUACCAGGAAGUGCCAGGAAGUUAUGGGCUCAUUUCUCGCAUGGGUUUCCACCAAAAGUAGCAGGUCGCUAACUUAAAAGGCCAGUGCGAUGGUCCAGCACUGCGAAGCAAUUCGAUGCCCAUGCUGAACCUGAAUCAAUUCGGUAGAGAUUCCUACUUAAAAAGAACUGAUACUUAUAAGAAUGUCUACCCGAGACCUCUCUACUUGUAGCUUUUUCCCCCAAACUAGUACCCGUGAUCCACAACCCUUGACGUUGACUUCUAACAAGAAGAUACGCAAGCAAAAGGAAAAAACUGGAGAAACUUUAUGAAACGCGAUGAUGCGUGGGAGUUCGAGCAAAAGUACUAUCCGGCAAAGGCCUAUUUGCCUGCUACUGCUUCCGGCGAAACCAGUACCGGGAUUUUUUUUGACUCAUACAAGUGCAAGGCUUAUGCCGUGCUCGUCGUCCCUGGAAACGAGGAUGAAAGCGACAUCGAGAAACGCUAUAGGAAAAAAACUUUUUUCCGCCAAAAGCUCUCGGCGAUAGGGGGCGACGUGUAUUGGCUUUUGCAGGCUUUAGAAGUGCUCACAAAGCAGGCGGUGAUCCAAAGCGGAGGACAGUUAGCCAAUGACGACGGUAGCGGCAUAUUCUUCACCUCAGAUGCCUUUCGCUUCUACUCGGAGAAGAGCGCUCUGGGAUCGUGGGAUACCUCGAUGCAAAACAGGUAUGCCGAAGCCAUGAUGUGUACUCCUCGAUAAGAGUAAGAAUAAUGGAAAAUAGAUAUCCGUGUGUGAUUGUGAAGUCUGGUGUUCUCGACGUCCUCUCGCUUCUAUUUCGCUAGUGACAACAAGACGCCCAAAGCACAUAGUACACUUUCAGUGUUAUAUGCAUAUCCAGAUGCGUAUGCGUUUGCAUAUAGAUUUGGUUUUCCUUCAUUUUAUAUAUUAUUUGUUGAUAGUGACCCUUUUCUCUUUUAUAUCUUCCGCUGGUCUGUCUUUUUUCUAGUUAGGUCGGCUCCACCACAUAUAUUAUUUGGAGCCGGCGUGAUUCUGAGUCCUACCCGCUGCAGCUCCUAUGUAUGUUGAUAAAACAACAUCUAAUACCUGGAAGAGGAACUGUCGAAGAAAGGAAGGCUGACUAGCGCAAUGUCGGCGGCAGGCGCGCUCAACUGGCUCUUGAAGAAGUAUAUACAUCUGCCUGGUGAGCUAGAAAGAAAAGAAAAAAAAAUACAAGUUGUGGCACAUUGCCCCAUAUCAAAGGCAGCUGUUGGCCUGGGUGCAACAGCAACGUCCGCCGAGCUGGCGACGCAGUUGUUCACGGGCAUGGCGGUGGAUAGCGGUAAAGAACCUUCUGCC